AUGGCCAACGAACUCUACCAUUACUCCGUCGUCUCCGGCCUCAUGGAAGGCUUGGGCGAAUCGGGCAUCCCCUACAAAACCCUCGUCCAAAAGGGCGACCACGGCCUCGGCACGUUCCGCCGCAUGGCCGGCGAGAUGAUCUGCCUCGACGGCAACGUCUACCAGAUGAAGGCCGAUGGUACCAUCGUUAAUAUCGACCCCUCUGCCGGCACCGACGUCGCCCCCUUUGCCAUGGUCACCAACUUCCGCCCCACGCUCACCACAAGCAUCUCCUUCAGCAGCAAGCAGGACCUCUCAGACGCCAUGACGAAGCUCUUCCCCAAGACAAAGAACCGCUACCUCUCGUUCCGCAUAGACGGUCUAUUCUCCCUCGUCGCGGUGCGCACCGCUGACGGCCAGAGGUACAAGCACGAGAAGCUCAGGGAACUGCACGCGCGCCAGACGACGUACGAAUUCAACAACAUCCGCGGAAGCCUCGUCGGAUUCCGAUCCCCCGAGUUUUUGCAGGGCGUCAGCGUCGCGGGCGAUCACCUGCAUUUCAUUUCCGACGAGAGGGACCGCGGCGGGCAUGUUCUGGACUGCGCGUCGGGCGGCGAGGUGCAGUUUUCCGGGGCCGUCAUGAGCACCAUCCAUUUGCAGCUUCCGGAUGACGACGAGUACAACGAGGCGACGCUGGCUUUGGACUCGGACGGCAUUCGCGUGGUGGAGGGAUGA